AUGGAGGAGCUACUGGGGGAACUUCCAGAGAAGUUUCUAAAGAACACCUCGUACCUUCUAGACAAUUACAGCUCCGCCACGCUCUCGCAAAUUAAUCACGUAACUAACCAGAAUGGACGUAGCUUAGACCUAUGUUUUGUCAGCGUUCAAGAUGUCGCGCCGUUCAUAUGCGAGGCUCCAUCACCACUGGUAAAACUAGUUAACCACCAGCCUCCUCUGCUGGUUUCUCUACACCGAAAGUUAGAAAAUUAUGUCGAUACCUCCUCCGCUGCAUUCUUCUAUGACUUCAGAAAAGCUGAUCAUCGCAGUAUUUCAAACCUCAUAUCCAGUUUAGACUGGGGUAAUAUUCUGGACCAUGACGACGUCGACCGAGCAGCUGAAACGUUCUCUCAUGUACUGUCAUAUAUCGUUGACAGACAUGUUCCCAAAAUAGUGAAGCAUAACCCUCCCCACGCACCGUGGCAAACAAGUGGUCUGCGACGACUGAAGUCGUAUAAAAGAGCAACGUUAAGGAAGUUCUCAAAGUACCGUACAUUGUCACUGACACGGAACUACGCACAACUCAAUCACGAAUACAAACGGACUGCCAAAAGUUGUUUCUCGCAGUAUCAGCGAGGACUGCAAAGAAAGCUGAAAACACAUCCUAAAAAGUUCUGGAAGUACGUAAAAGAGCAACGUAAUGAAUCUGGCCUUCCUUCGCGAAUGACGCUUAACGGAAUUUUGGCGUCUAAUUCUCAGGACAUCAGUAGACUGUUUGCUGAAAAAUUCGCCAGUGUUUUCAGCAAUGAAAGAUUAUCAGAAGACCAAAUACGAAAUGCUAUGAGCUCCGUUCCUAUCUCCGGCCAAGCUAUGAACAUGGUUGAUAUCAAUGUUGGAAUAGUUCGCGAAGCUGCAUUGGAACUGAAAACAUCCUACAACCCCGGACCAGAUGGAAUUCCUUCCGUAUUUCUGAAAACGUACAUCGAUGGCAUUAUCACUCCGUUACUCCAUGUUUUCCAACUUUCGAUUACGUCAGGAAUUUUUCCGUCUUGUUGGUUCCCUGUUCAUAAGAAAGGUAACAGACAGGACGUUGCAAAUUACCGGAGUAUCACCUCAUUGUCUGCCGUUGCCAAGUUGUUCGAGCUAGUCAUCAUGGAACCUCUACUCGCCCAUUGUAAACCAUACAUUAGUGACGACCAACAUGGAUUUAUGCCCGGUCGUUCCAUUGCCACAAACCUUUUGUACCUUACCUCCUACAUCAACAGCAACAUGGUGGAUCGCAGUCAAACGGACGUUAUCUAUACCGACCUAACAGCUCGGUCGUCUGGUCUCCACACUAUAAUAACGGCGCCGAAAGAAUUGAAUCCGUCCAGCGUCGUUUUCUGA